AGAGGCCCCGAUCCUCCCCGUCCCUGAUGCCUCUCCUCUUCCUCUCCACAGGUCCAGUACCGGGGCUUGUUCCAGAUGAUCCUGAUCCUGGGGAUCGGGGGGAGCUUCCCGUAUGGAUUCCACAUCUCUGUGAUCAACUAUCCCUCCGUGCAUAUUAGGAGGUUCAUCAAUGCCACCUGGACCGAGCGGCACGGCGUCCCUCUCCCUCCGGACACGGUCCAGCUCCUCUGGUCACUCAUCGUCUCAGUCUAUGGGGCCGGAGGCCUCCUGGGAAGCGUCUGCUGUGGGUACCUGACCACCAAGUACAGAAAGAAGAAGUGCCAGAUGGCGGCCAACGGGAUCAUGAUGGCGGCCGCUGUUUCCAUGGGUCUCAGCAAAGCCGCCGGAUCCUUCGAGAUGAUCCUCCUCGGGCGCUUCCUCUACGGCAUCGGCAUCGGUUUUUCUUUCAACAUCCACCCGCAAUACGUGGGCGAGAUUUCUCCGAAGGAGCUGCGCGGUUUCGCCAAUGCCACUGUGGCCGUCUUUCUGACCCUCGGGAAAGUGGCCGGUCAAGUCGCCGGACUCCGGGAGCUUCUCGGGGGAGAGUCGCUGUGGCCCUUCCUGCUGGCCCUGACCGGAGUGACCGCUCUGGCCCAGGCGGCUGCCCUGCCCUGCUGCCCAGACUCCCCGGCCUACCUCCUCAUCCAGAAGGGGGACGAGGGGGCCUUCCUCAAGGCCGUCCGGUUCCUCUGGGGCCCAGGAGCUGACCUCCGGCCAGAGGCAGACGACCUUCGCCGCGAGCGCCACCUGAGGCCUCCUCCUCCUCCUUCUCCUUCUUCUUCGGGGGCCGAGGCGAAGAAGGCCCUGCGGGUGAUGGAGGUCCUGAGGGACCGGUCACUGCGCUGGCAACUCUACGUCACUCUGGCCGUGAUGACCACCCUCCAGCUCUGCGGCAUCAAUGCAAUCUACUUCUACUCCUUCGAGGUCUUCCGCACGGCCGCCUUUGAGGAGGAGGUCAUCCCCUACUUGGCGCUGGGGGUCGGGAUCUGCGAGUGCCUCUCCUCCAUUUUGUGUAGUUCCCUGAUUGAGCGCUUCGGGCGGAAGAGGCUCCUGUGGGGCGGCUAUGGCUCAAUGGUGGUGGUCCUGGCCCUGCUGACCGCCACGCUCUCCCUUCAGCAUCGCUUCUUCUGGAUGCACUACUUCAGCGUCCUCCUCAUCUUCCUCUUUGUCCUCUUCUAUGGGAUCGGGCCCUCCGGGGCCACCAUCGCCGUCAUGGUGGAGAUGUUCAGCCAGGCCUUCCGCCCCUCGGCCUUCAUCCUCGUCGGGGUCAUCAACUGGGCCGGACUCUUCAUCCUUGGGAUGGGGUUCCCGUUCCUCGUGGAGUCUCUGGGGCCCUUCUGCUUCCUCCUCUUCAUGGCCAUCCUUUCUGCUUCAGGGGUCUUCAUCUAUUUCUUUCUCCCGGAAACGAAAGGCAAAUCCAUCCUGGAAAUCACCGCCGAGUUCAACAAGUUGAAUUACAGCCAGCGAGGAAAAAGCGGCUUCUUCCCGAAGGAAGACCCAGCGGCCGUCUGCACCCGGCUCUGAGCCCCUUUCCUCCUUGGCUCUCCUGGGUUUUGUACGCUCCCAAAAGAAACUGCGCCCAUCCUCCAAAAGUUUACAGACACGAUUCCUUCCU